AUGGAACAGCAACCGAACUCAAGGGCAAAGACACGUGGGUGGAAAGGCCUGGGCAGAAGGGCGCCUGGUGGGAAUAAGCCAGAGCCAGCCCGGCAGGAGCCCCUCUUCCCGAUGAGGGCCUUGUGGGGGGAAGAUGGAGACGGGGGCUACGAGAUCAGCUACGAGGUUGGUGAAGAGGACCCCUUCUCUGACUGUUACAUAGAGUGCAUCAUUCGAGGUGAGUUUUCCGAGCCCUCGCUGGAAGAGGACAUGUUUCUUGAGUCCUUCCACUGCUUGGGAGGAGGAACAGAGCAAGAGCUCGCUCAGCAGUUUUUUGUUGAUGCAAACUCACUUCUUGAAUGUUCCUUGCAAUACAGGGAAAAGGGAGCAAACCAAGAAUUUCCUCCACAGAACAGUGGGGAGACAUCCCUUGUUGAGCCUUCUGAGCACAUGACAAGCCAGAAGCCUCCCCCUGGAGAUACACCCAACCCUUGCCUGCUGGAUCCCACCUUGCCUGCAGAAUUUGCUAGAGAUAAACCAAGAAGAAAUGGGGAAUGUGGUGCUCUAGGUACAUUUGUGUGUCCUGAGAGCGGCUGCGCAAGCAAGAUGAAGACGAGAAGUUCCCUGAAGAAGCAUCUCCAGCUGGUCCAUGGGCCCCGCAACCACGUGUGUGCGGAGUGCGGGAAGGCGUUUCCCGAGAGCUCCAAACUGAAGAGACAUUUCAUGGUUCACACUGGAGAAAAGCCCUUCCAGUGCACGUUCAAGGGCUGUGGGAAGCGCUUCUCCCUGGCCUUCAACCUGCGUACCCACGUGCGCAUCCACACCGGGGAGAGGGCUUUUGUGUGCUCCUAUGAGGGCUGUCACAGGCGCUUUGUCCAGGCAGGUAACCUGAAAUCUCACAUCUUAACUCAUGCAAGAUAA